CCUUGUGUCUCUACAGGACCAGAGUGAGGGCAGCAGGAACUACUCAGCAACAAUGUCUUCAGAAGUGGAGACCUCGGAGGGGGUAGAUGAGUCAGAGAAAAAGAACUCCGUGGCCCCAGAGAAGGAAAACCAUACCAAAAUGGCAGACCUCUCCGAGCUCCUAAAGGAAGGGACCAAGGAAGCACAUGACCGGGCAGAAAAUACCCAGUUUGUCAAAGACUUCUUGAAAGGAAACAUUAAGAAGGAGCUAUUUAAGCUGGCCACUACCGCACUUUAUUUCACAUACUCAGCCCUUGAGGAGGAAAUGGACCGAAACAAAGACCACCCAGCCUUUGCUCCCUUGUAUUUCCCCACGGAGCUACACCGGAAGGAAGCACUGAUCAAGGACAUGGAUUAUUUCUUUGGUGAAAACUGGGAGGAGCAAGUGAAGUGCUCCGAGGCUGCCCAGAAGUAUGUGGAUCGGAUCCGCUAUGUAGGGCAGAAUGAACCAGAGCUGCUGGUGGCCCAUGCUUAUACUCGUUACAUGGGGGACCUUUCAGGAGGCCAGGUGCUGAAGAAGGUGGCCCAGCGGGCACUGAAACUCCCCAGCACUGGGGAAGGGACCCAGUUCUACCUGUUUGAGCAUGUGGACAAUGCCCAGCAGUUCAAGCAGUUCUACAGAGCCAGAAUGAAUGCCCUGGACCUGAAUUUGAAGACCAAAGAGAGGAUCGUGGAGGAGGCCAACAAAGCCUUUGAAUAUAAUAUGCAGAUAUUCAGUGAACUGGACCAGGCUGGCUCCAUGCUGGCAAGAGAAAACCUGGAGGACGGGCUCCCCAUGCACGAUGGGAAGGGGGAUAUACGUAAAUGCCCCUUUUAUGCUGCUCAGCCAGAUAAAGGUACGCUGGAAGGCAGCAACUGCCCCUUCCGGACAGCCAUGGCUGUGCUGAGGAAGCCUAGCCUUCAGCUCAUCUUAGCUGCCAGUGUGGCCCUGGCUGCUGGACUCUUGGCCUGGUACUACAUGUGAAGGACCUGUCAUGUCAUUUGCAUCCUACCCCAAGUGACCUAUUCCAUCCCUAUCUCCACCUCUGACUAAACUACCACCUCAGGUGACUUUUUAAAUGCUGGGUUUGAGAAAACAAGCAACCAAUAAAAGCCAGACACUAGA